AUGAAAAACGGCAAGUUUGUGAUACCUGCGGAUGCAGUUUCAAGCCGAAAGGCUUCAACAGUCAUCAAAGAGCCUGCGAGUGACAUGCAAGAGAGUCUGAAGAAGAUGCAGAGCAAUGGGCUUCGAUCCCACAUGUACAAGCAGCUGCUGUGCCAGCCCUGUCCAUACGAGCUGCGCAUGGCGAUGGACUACAACUAUGAUCACGAUAACGACCAUUAUAACGCCGAUGUUGACAUGUCAUCAGAUCGCUCCAACUCGGAGCCUGAUGUCGAUGUCCCUGGACCCGCUAUUGACGAUAUCCGCACUGAAUUUCACCCACAUCCACCCCACCCAGAACACCAGCCCUGGCUUCCAUUUUCAUGUCGACUUGACUUUGAGGUUGCUGAAUUGGCACACGAGGCUGCACUCACCCAUGAGCAAACAACACGCCUUAUCUGGUUGGUUCAACGCAGUAAGAGCGAAGUUUUCACGCUUAAAAAUUAUGCCGAUGUUCGGAAUACUUGGGAAGCGGCGUCUCAUCGAUUGACACCAUUUGAAAAGGAUACUGUUGUGGUUCCGCUCGACGGUACAGACAAGGAAUACACAGUUUACUUUCGCCCCCUUUGGGAUUGGGCAAUUGAUAUUCUGCGACAUCCCAUCAUCGGCCCGCAUUGCGUUUUUGAUGCCCAACGGUUAUCAAAAUUUGAUGGAGACACGUUCAUCAGGUUCAUCGAUGAACCAUGGACGGCGGAUGUGUUCUGGGACUGCCAGUCUCAGAUACCUCCUGACGCGAAACCAUUAGCGUUUAUUUUGUAUGCUGACAAGUCAAAACUAUCAUCAUUCGGUUGCGAGAAAGGAUAUCCCGUAAUCGCUCGCCUAGCAAACCUUCCCGUCGCCAUCAGAAACGGAAGCGGGAUGGGUGGGGGCUGGGUGGUUGGGUGGCUCCCAUUGGUCAAAGAGGACCCGAAAUACAAAGGUACACCACAAUUUGCCAACUUCACAGUAGCUGUAUGGCAUGCGUCCAUCAAGAAGGUUCUCGCAUCAAUUGUACCACCUUCGAUAAGUGGCCGAUGGGCAAAUUGUUGGGACAAUAUUGCAAGGCUCUUCUAUACCCUGGUGUUGAUACUGUCCGCAGACUAUGAGGAGCAGAGUGUAAUGUCACUCACUUGGGGUGUUAUGAGCAACUUUCUGUGCCUGAUCUGUUUGAUUCCUGGAGAUGAAUUAGCUUCCAUCAUGCCUCAUAACUAUGCUCUUCGGACAAGCCAGGCAACAAACACCCUUUUGAUCGAGGCAAGGGCGGAGCACCGUAAGGGACGACAGGAGGCAAUACUUAAGAGUCAGUCAAUUCGUGAUGUUGAUAACACAUUUCAUGACAUGAAUCUGAAGACUACUGACAUACACUGCGCGCUAUGCUAUGACCAACUUCAUGCUGUCCUUCGGGGUCUCUUCAGGGAUCACAUGUGGCCAGAACUACAACUACUAAUUGGCCUUUUGGGACGCAACCCCACCAUGAAAAUUGACCAGAAUUUUGAUGCACUGCCUCGUUGGCAGAAUUUGAACCAUUUCGAUGCUGUUAUGUCUAUAUCAUUCACCGACAGAAGUAAAUAUGAAGAUAUUUUCAAGCUGAUUACAUUCACGGCUCAUGAUGUUCUUCCAAACACUGACGAAAGUAAAGUUGCUUACCUUCUCCUUCGAUGUAUCUGUGCAUACCUCGACGUGGACCUGUAUGCAGCACUUGAGGUACAGACCACAACAACAAUUGCGGGAGGACGAGAAGCCCUUGAAAAAUUCUCCAAGCUAAUGAAUAAAUAUAUCGAGAAGUCUCAAGCUAUACGGCCAGACAAGAACUGGUCAUUUCCGAAGAACCAUCUAGCUGCCCACCUAUUUGACGACAUCGAGGCUAAGGGAGUGACUCGCAACUACAACACAAAGCCGAACAAGAAGUGUCACGGCCCCCUGAAGGAGUCAUAUCAAUGA